CUCUCUGUCGCUCUGUGUACCUGACCUGUACCACUACACUCGGAGCGUGUCCCCCUUCCUUCUUUUACAUAAUGGUAUGGUCCUAGUCUGUCACAUAAUGGUAUGAUCUAGAACACCGGCAUUCGCGAACGACACAUCGCUGUCACCGAAAAUCUGUUUCAGACUAUAAACUCUGAUUUGAGCAGUCGCGUGAUAGACUAUCAUCAAGUCAAGUCAUAGGACAUUAUCACGUCGUUUUCCAAAAGACUGGAGAUGAUACUGUUCGUUGUAGUAACGUGUUGGAUUGGCAUUGCUGCUGCUGCUGCUGUUGCUACGACUGCUGCCGGUGUUGAUGAUGAUAAAGAUGAGAAUGAGACUCUCGGGGUUUCUGAAGGAGGAAACCUCACCAUCUCUAUUCACAUCAAUAACAAGGACGAAGACCCUCAGGUUUUGGUUACCCGUCUCAAAGGCUCCUCACAGGAAGCGAUAGCACAGCUAAUCUGCCACAAUCGAGUCUGUGAGAGCGAGUACUGGAUAUCCGGAGUUUCUUUAGUGUCUGAUGGAGAGAAUGUAACGCUGUUCCUGAUGAACGUCAGCCACAAUCAAACGGGGCGUUACGAAGUUCGCAAACUGAGCGGAACACAGCUGGAAAACAAGAUUUACACCAUUAUAGUGAAUCAGCCUCGACUCAGUACCAUCAGCCCUGAACUGCUGCCGUCUGUCAGGAACAGGAAGUCAUUCACUGCAGGUGUAACCUCAGCUGCUGUGAGCAUCUUGCUGCUCAUCACUGCUGCUGUCAUUGGUGUCGUUUAUAUGAAACGCAGGAAGGCAACUUUUUACAAAGUGUCACAAGAUGACAACAGCGCAGCCAGCAGUCUUUGUGGAUCCCGGAGUGUUAUUGAUAUUUAAUGAAUGUGGGGGAAUUAUUCACACUUAGAAACCUCAUCUGGCUCAGGACUAAGCUGGAAAAACAGGGCAUGUUGUUUUUUCCAUGUUAAAUUAGAAGCCAGCAAUAAGUAAUCAAAUGAUGUUUGACUGCCUGAAGAGUGUAACCACUGGGACACUGGUGCUGUGUUUUGAGUGAGAUCCAACCAGUGUGUGGAUCAACCAGUGGGAUGUGUGGAAAAUCCCAAGUGAUUCUGCAUCCUUUGAGCAGCUCGUACUGGAACAACAGCUGUUAGUUAUAAUGAUGUUUAUGUGUCCUUGAACUGCACAAGACCACAGAAUGUCCCAUUUGUAUAUUUAUAAUUCUUUUAGCAUUAUUAUUAAGGGUUUGAACACUUAAGAUUGUCCACUAGAGGAUGCCAAAGGGAUUAAAAAAAUCCUGUUAAGUCUAAUUAAUAAUCAAUAUCGCAUUAAUGUGAAUGCCAAAUAACUACUGAUUUUAUUUGUACAGUAGGACCAUUGUGCACUGACAAUAUCUCCUUUGUUUGUUAUUUCCAAAAUUAUUUAGUAUAAUAUAUAGAAUAUUUUUAUAAAAGCACAAUUUUGAAAAUUGAAAUUAAGUUACCCAUUUAUAUGCCUAAGUAUCUAUACAGAUACUGUAGCACAUUUUCUACUCAACAGCUCAUAAGCAACGACUGCGAGAGUCAAUCACUUUAUCAGAGCUGUUAUGAUCUCUGAGUAUAAGCUGUCAGUUUUCUGUGUUUUUAUUUAUUUUUUUUUUUUUUACAUUUUUUAUUACAUUUAAACAUUUAUUUAUUAAUUUUUUUUUAGGACCAACAUGUAUUUUCUUAAGCUGUUUCAUCAAACCCUGACUUAUCAGUGGAGAUUCAAGAUUGUUGUAUUUGAAAAGAUAUACAGCAUUUGUAUCACUGAAUCAUUUACAUGAUGGUUUUGGUUUUGGAUUGGACCACGAUAACUGCAGCCUGUGACUAUAGGGUGAAUUCAGGGUUUAUUGUUGCUGUUGUUAUAAAUUAUGAGCAGUGUUAUAGGAUUUUUUAACUGCAUAUUAUUUAAAAAAGUUAUUUAUGUGCUGGUUUAAUCUGUGUUAUUUUUAUAUGGUUUAAAUUUACCAUUUAUCGUCAUUUUAUGUUUUUAUAUUUUAUAUUACUUUUCUAUUGUUGUUUAAUCUUAUUAUUGUGUGGCUUUAAGGGAUGUUUGUCUUCAUGACUAUAAGAGAAUGUCUCCAUUUCAAGGUUUUUAACGUCACAGGAUGAUGUUGUGAAGCAUUAAUUUUCAAUGGUUUUUUUCUUGGUAUAACAACACUUGUAGAAUUUGUACUGGUCUGACAAAGUCUGAGCACUGAAACACAAAACUCACUAUUCAAUAAACUGUUUUUUCAAUAAAGCUGUUUUUAUUAUCAUCACUUCA